AUGUCCGCCAACCCGCCGGGUGCCCAGGCCAUUCAACGGAUGGCUGCAGAGGUCUCCGCCACCCAUGCCUCGGUCACCUCGUCGCCCAUGCCUUCGUCUCUGUCUGCAGGUUCUCUAGCGCCCACAGGGCGGGCUCGCGAGCGUGGUGCUGCUGCAGGGACCGCCGGCGGCGCGAGCGGCUCGCCGGGUGGCGCCGCGUCUGUGGCAGGGCCGAGCAUCGGCGGCAAUGCCACCGGCGUGUCAGGCUCACUCGGCAGACGGAAGAAGAAGCGGCUGCCCGAGUUUGAUGAUGACACCCGGGCCGAUCUGGCCAAGGCCUUUGCCUUUCUCGACCACGAUGGCUCGGGCCGCAUCGGUCCGGCAGAGCUCAAGAUCGCGUUUGAAGCCCUCGGCAAGCGCCCGAGCCAGGAGGAGCUGAAGAAGAUCGUGGCUCACUACGGGAAGCGGGAGGCAUCGCUUGAUUUUGACCAGUUUGUCACCAUCAUGCGCGAGAAGAUGUGGGAGGAGGAUACCGACGAGGACAUCUCCCGCGCCUACGUCCUCUUCAAUGCGCCCGAGCCCUUCCUCGACACCUCAGUCCUCUUCCCGCCGCCGCCCGACCAGGUCCGCGCCAACUCCUCCACCCUUGACAAGCUUGUCGAGUCUGCCGAUGGCAUUUCUUUUGACGACCUCGCUCGCAUUGCAGAGCUUGUGGGCGAGGAGCUCACCCACGAGGAUCUGCAGGAGAUGAUGGAGGAGGCCUUCCUCGCCGGCGGCUCCUCCGCCCAGCGCCGCUACGUCCCGCUUGACGAUGCCGGCUAUCCCGACCUGCGCAUCACCCGCGAGAUGUUCGAAAAGGUCAUGCGCGAGGGUGCGCGCUCCUUCACGGGCUCGUAG